AUGGCUGCAACCCCCUUUGACGCUGCCAAUGCUGCCGUCGCAUUGACUUCCAACAGCAAUCCCUCCUUUGCAUUCGAUGUCUACGACGAUGCUCGUUCCGCUGGUAACGGGCGCACCUCUUAUGGCUUAUCACCAGCCCUGCCGACCGGAUCUUGCAAUUUCGUCGACCUGACGCAUGGAUCUAGUGGCCCUCAGUGUGGAUGCCGUCGCUUCUGGAGCAGAAGUAAUGCUGCAGCCACGUCUAUGGCCAACAGCUUCGGAACCAGUGUCGGUCCUAUCAACAAUGGUGCCCUCGACCUCAGCCAGGCUGGUUGGUGCAUGUGCUCACAUCAUGCCUGCUUCCACGACCAGGCGCCACAGCAGGUGUUGCCAAAUGGGAACAUUCCGACAGACCAGUCAGUUGUCGCCCGUGGCGCAGCUAUCAGUGGUGCCACAACAGGUUUCCCUGGCUUGUCCGCGUCUUUAUCCGCCCCGCUCCACGGCCAGAAAAAUGAACGACCACGAGCCAAACGAGAGCCUCUCAGCCCCCUCCAGGAGUCGGUAGCCCUCCAGAUGCUUGCAGAGCAAGAUGUUGGCCGAGCAGGCAAGAUUGCCAACAACAAUGGCUUGCUGUCAUUCGGACUGCAGCCCGCCAAACUCUCCUCAUACACGGAACGGCUAUUCGCUGGCAUAUUCGAGGACGUCGCCCCUCUCGAUGAGCAAGCCAUGGUGUCCUGCUCUGCUGCAGACAAGGUCGUACCGGCGCCUUCGUCCAUAGACACGUCUAUAGCCACCUCUGUUGCGGGCUACACGCCGUAUAGCAACUCCAUCCCCGAUACACUACGCUGUGGCCACUACGACCCUCCACCGCGAUCUAUGUUCCCUUCGCAGCAGGGCGUUGAUGGUUGCCUGAUGCCGUCAUCCCAAGCUCCACCCUCGACAGCCUCCUCAAUCAGCCAGCGCCGUUAUCUACGCCCGUUUGCUGGCAAGGGCCUAAAAACUCUCACGCACACACAGUCACUUCCUCCACUCAAGCCCCAACCACCAUCCGAACCUGAGCCGAGAGAAUUCACGGACGCCACACACGAUUCCGAGCAGGACACAUCGAGCACACAGCCGGGUCUACAAAGUCUGGUGGGUGCUGUGCAGGCACACGAGCAACGCCUGGAUAAGCUCGAGAAUGUGUCUUUCUCCGUCCCUUCGGGCCAGGAAGAUUGGAGUGAUCGUCACGACCACAUGGACAUGCGUGUCACGGAGCUCGAAUCGCGUGUUGAUGAGGUCGAGAAGCGGCUUACUAGCAACGACGAAACUGCUAGUGGUGUCGAUGGGAGCAUCGGUUUUAGCCGUCGCCGCCUGCUCGGCCGUGACGAUGACGCUACGACAGUUAGCGCCGUCUCCAUGGCCGCCACCGAUGUCACCACGAGUAUGACCAGCUCAUCCUCUGGCAUCAUCGGGGAAAGCGAUGUGCGGAGCCAGAUCCAGGCGCUACAAGCGCAGGUGAGCUUUCUACAAACAUCUGCUCUGCCAACAUACAACAGCCUGUGGGAGCUCGAAGUGGUUUUUCUGCCAUUUCCCCUCAAAGGCGUCUGGGUGGAGGCUAGCCAAUUUCCUACCACAGCAGCUGUUGCGGCAGCAGCGGCAGCUCAACGGCGGCAAUCAGGCGGCUACCGAUAUCAGCCCGGGCAGUCAGAGGAUGACGAGUGGACGCAGAUGCCUAACACGCUGAGCCGCCAAACGCCGGAUGCGCAAUCGCCCAGCUUGGAAGGCAACGCUCUCUGGACUUCCGACUGGCCGGACUAUUCUGCGACAUCGGACGCCCCGCGCCUGCUGCCUCGCGCAUGUGCUCCUGGUCGCGUCAUCGAUAACCGUCUCCGAAGCUGUGGCUUGGUCCAGACGCUCUCCGUGCGCGGUACAGAUGCACGCAGCCUGAAGUUGGCCAUGGCCACGGCGUUUGGGUCAGUCUUUCGGGCGAUGGCCCAAGGAGCGUCGUCGGAACGGCGAGCAGAACGGAGCAAAGUGGGCAAAGGCGACACGUCCGGUAGUGUUUCGUCUGUGCCGUCACCAGAGGAGCUACAAGCGCGAUUUUUAGGCCUGCAGCAGCCUUGGGUGCCUCUGCGUAAGAUUCACAAGGACUCACGGCUGCGCUUCCUCACGUGCGCCGAGAUGCUCACACCGACACUCUGGGAUGCUCCUUUUCUCACUUCGAGUGUUGUGAUGAAGGCCACGGGCCGCCAUCGCCUUUAUGUGACACAUCCAGAUGCCUACAUGCAAGACCGCCACGCCUACCGCUGUGGUUGGUCGUGGCAGCGACUGCGGCAGAUCAGCGUCACAGCCGCCACCAUGGCUCCAGGAAGCAGCAGCAGCAGUAAGGCGCCUGCUGUUGGAGCCGCUGAUUCCUGCUGGUCCUGGGAUAGUCGGCUUGACGAGCCGCCUUCCGCACCGCAAUCGUCGCUGUCGUCGGUUCACCAUCGGCCAUCGCCGUCUCCCUUCAGCCGAGAGGGCACACCAACGGACGGGACCUUUGCCCGUCCUCGCAGCCGUACUCCUUCGCGUCUCGUUGCCGCUGCUAGCGCUAACUCGAAUGCCGACAACGGUUUUUCUCGGUCUCACCGGUCGACAGGGACCUCGGGCUCCACACAAUUCUUCGCGGCCGCGCAGUCUCCUCUCCCGACGGGCCCUUGGGCUGGAUCGACAGCGCGUCGGUCGCCAUCGCCCUUCCUCUUCUCGCUCGUUCCCCAGGUCGCCCAGACGGCCGCGUCAUCGCAGCUGAUGUCGUCGUCAACAAGAACCCGCCGGCCCGCACCAACCCGCACAGUCUCGAUGACUGCACCACCAUCACAUAGUGGACAUCCUGUGAUCCCGGCAGGGAAUCUCUCCUCACCAGCCACAGUCAGCAGGAAGCGGGGCCACUCCAUUAGCGAACGCCACAUAUCGGCACCCCCAUCACCACAACAGCCCCAGCAGCGCCAUCGGCAGCACACGACCGUGUCUACCAUGGCAUACGACCGCCACCCUUCACCGCUUGCGUCAGCGAGCCGACCUAGCCCACGCUUGGCUCCGCUGCCGUCUCCUGUCACAAACACAAACACGGCAAACAGCGCGACCAACACUGUUGCUGCACCCAGCGUCUCAAAGCGUCGCCGUAGCACGCGCUCGCCCAGCGGCUUCUGGCCCCGGCAUACACCGCAGCGUAGUAUGAGCCGCAGUCCAAGCGUGAUACCAGCCCAGGUGCCGAUGUGGGUAGCUGAUCACACGCGGGACGGAGCUCCAUCAGCAGCCGAGCAUGAGCGACUGAAUCAGCAGCACGUGCCGUCUUAUCAGCAUGUUCGGGGGGCGACGCCGCUCUGCUAUGCUACCCCACACAGUAACGCGCCGACCAUGGACGUGCCGCUCCCCGCAUCUCUUCGGCGCAGACAGGGGUCUACGUUUCAGGCUGAGGCCGAGCAGGUCGACAACGACGGCACCAUCUGCGAUGGUUAUGACCACGAUAUGCUAUGCGAUGACAACGAUGACUUCCCAAUGACGCAAGACGACGAGGGCGAUGGUGAGGAUUACGAUGGCAAUGUAUUCGAGGACGAGGCCGACGAGCUGGACGACAUUGGCGACGUAGGCACAAUCACGGACGGCUAUUAUAACCAAUCGGGACAGCUGCCUCCGGAAGACCAGCCGUGGCCAGGCUUUGAGGACGACGAGGACGCGCACAUGUCAGACAGCGAGAACAUGAAUCCAUUUUCAGGCGAGGAGGGCAGCCAGGAGCAACAGCAACAACGAUUAGGACCUGACGGGGACUCGCAGGCUACGUCACAGCAGAGCGACAGCAGCAGCCGGCCAAGCGAAUACCCUAGCACGCACCCGGCGUGGCCGGUGGCAGCGGUGCCACCAACAACAGCAAUAGCAGCAGCAGCAGCAGCAGCAAGCAUAGAGACGAGCACUGAUGCAGGGGCGAGGGGUGGGCAGCUGCAGGGUCGAGAGCAGCAGACUCGUAGACAUUCGGGCCAGGGGAUGUGGCACGAUGGCGGACAUCUGCAGCAGCGGCGGAACACGGACGCCGAUUCAGGGAUUGGGUUUGUGAUUCACGAGGAUACGGUUAAUGGGCGGUAG